CUUCGCCAGAUAUCCCUCAUCCAGGACCUUACAAAGUGGUAUCAGAGCUCUGAAAUCUGGCAAAUGGCGAAGCACACAUCCCGCAUCGUUGAGUUGGAGUUGCAGAUGGCGAACGUCCGGCAGCAGAUGGAUUCUCAGCACACCGACCUCAAAGCCGCCAUUGCUGCUCUCGCCUCUUCGACGAAAGAGAAUUUGGAAGCUAUCACGGCUUCGUUGUCACAUCUUCGGGAGAAAUCACCGAUCCGAGCUCAGCACCCCGCCAACCACGAGCCUUUAUUCGAUAAUCAACAAUUUCGACCUCAAUAGUGGCGGCCGACGCUCCUGGGUCAUUACCCCAAACUCGAGUUUUCUCACUUCUCUGGCGCCGAGCCUCAUGCUUGGGUGAGCCGGUGCAACAAACUCUUUCAUCUCUAUUCAAUUCCGGAGUAGCAGAAGGUUGAUUUGGUUUCGUAUUACUUAGAAGGUCGUGCUUUCACAUGGUUUGAGUGGUGGUCUUUCCGUCGUUUCCCUUUGAUUUGGGGGCAGUUCGUCGAGGAACUGUUCCACCGGUUUGGCAAUCAAGAGCAGCUGAAUGU